AUGUCUACAGCAGUUUACUACACUCAUAAUAUGCCUGGUGACGACUCUCAAUCAAAAUACAACACUGGCAGCAGCACCAGCAGCAGCACCAGCAACAUAUUACCAUCGCUAGCCCACAUCAUGCCAUCUCGCUCCCAACAACACGAUGGGUCAGGUUCGGUCACUUCUGCUGCCACUACUGCCACCACUACAAGUAAUGGAUAUUACCCACAACAACAAGCCUAUGUUCAAGAUCCUUACUCACAAGUCUCAACUUCUCACACAACUCCUUCUGCUACAUACGCAGACCACUUGUUCUCCAACCAAAAGUCCAAAACUGGGAACUCAAACUCAGGCAGACCAUCCUCUGUCGUCUCAUCUUCUGCAAGCAAUGCUGCUGCUGCCAAUGGUGGUGAAGGGGGUGCUCCUCAAUGUAUUUGUAAAAACAAAGGAGGCAAGAUUCCACGUCCAAGAAACGCUUUUAUCUUGUUUAGACAGAAGUAUCAUCAAGCCAUCUUGGAUGAAGGUUCGGUCAUUCGUUCUAACCCUGAAGUUUCUCGUGAAUUGGGUAGAAGAUGGAGAGCUUUGCCUGCUGCCGAAAAGGAACAUUGGAACAAAUUGGCUGAAGAAGAAAAGAAAAACCAUGCCUUGAAGUAUCCAAACUACAAGUAUGAACCAAAGAGGAACGGUAAGAACAAGAACUGUUUGGUUUGUAAAGAUAAGCCAACUCCAAAACAGCUUCAACAGCAACAGCAAAAGCAACAACAACAACAACAACAACAACAACAACAGCAGCAGCAGCAGCAACAGGCAAAUGCAGCAGCUGCUGCUAUGCAAGCACAGCGUCACCAUUCAGAAGCCGCUCUUGCAGCAGCAGCCGCUCAACAACAAAUGUUGCAACAACAACAACCACAGCAACAAUCUCAACACGAUCAAUAUCAAAACUACUUCAAGCAGCAACAGCAAUUUAACAACUUACAAGGGUACCCUGGCUACAUUAUUUCCAACAAUCCAUAUUUGCCAAACUCAGCAACCUCAUUGGCCUCUACGUCCACCGGUAACUUGCCACUUCCAGGGGCCGUAGGAGCCACCACCAACAAUGGUUCUACUGCCGCUUCAUCUACAUUGGGAUUCUAUGAGCAAGACAAGUUGUCACCAUUGUCAGGAGCCUACACCAACAAUGCCAGCAAUAAUGGACAGGGUCCUGGUAUACAAACUGCAGCACUUGGAGUACCUGGAGCCAACGGAAACGUUGAAAUACUUCAACCCACGACAACAGCAACAGGUGCAGUCAAUGGAGCAGCUGCUACUGCAGGUGGUAUUCACUACUCGAUGCUUCCACAACAACAACAGCACCAACAACAACAAGGUCAACAUGGCCAACAGCCUACUCUAUUGCACCACCCUGUUGUUCCCGCUGGAGUUGAGUAUCAAUUACACGGCGCCCAUCCUCAUCAACAAACGGUGCCAGUUCCACCACAUCAGCAACAGCAGCAACAACCAUCACAGCCCCAAGGUUAUGGAUUGGAUGGAUUCCAUCAGUGA